UCGGGCUGCAGGAGAAGAUGGCGGUCUCCAUAGGAGUUAAAGUUCCUCGUAAUUUUCGCUUGUUGGAAGAACUUGAAGAAGGACAAAAAGGAGUAGGCGAUGGUACAGUUAGCUGGGGCCUUGAAGAUGAUAAAGAUAUGACACUUACAAGGUGGACAGGCAUGAUUAUUGGGCCACCAAGGACAAAUUAUGAGAACAGAAUAUAUAGUCUGAAAGUAGAAUGUGGACCUAAAUACCCAGAAGCUCCUCCAUCAGUUAGAUUUGUAACAAAAAUUAAUAUGAAUGGGAUAAAUAAUUCCAGUGGAAUGGUGGAUGCACGGAGCAUACCAGUAUUAGCAAAAUGGCAAAAUUCAUAUAGCAUUAAAGUUGUACUUCAAGAGCUAAGACGUCUAAUGAUGUCCAAAGAAAAUAUGAAGCUUCCACAGCCACCAGAAGGACAAACAUACAACAAUUAAUUUUAAUGGAUCUCAAACUUGUCUUAAAUCAACAACCUUCUACUCAUAUUAAUGUCUUGAUUAAAUAUCACAAUGCAGAAUACCCACACAUUCAGUAAAGAAUUCCAGCUGGUAUAUGUGACCCGGACAUUUGUAAUAUAUUUAAUAUAUGUACACCCAUUAUGUUUUCAGGUAACGGGAGGAAAAAUGCAGCACAAUUUUUCUUUCUCUUGUUGAGGCACUGUCAUUUAAACAUAAACCUGGAGUGCUCCAAGUAGGAUUCGGGUUUACAAGACGCAAGCGUGGCGAGACGUGUGAGAUGGCAGUGGAAACGUGUGUUUCUGAAAAGUAAAAAUCCCAAGAAGGACAAACAGAAAUGGCAUGCUUUAUCCAUCUUGCUUAGUGAAAGAGCUGCAGUUGAAAUUGUUUAAAGUAGCAGGUACAAUGAAUAUUGUCACAAAUUGUGUUAAAUUUUAAAGCGGUGUGGGUGCUGACUACUAGUAGUAUAAAAAUAUGUUCAGGAUUGUUUUGAUACCUGUAUUUAUAAUAAAAAAAAUGUUGGGGGGGUCGAUGAAUUUCUGUUAAAAGCUGUUCCUGUGUGUUACAUGUAACAGACAUGGUAAAUAUUUGUUUACAUUCUUUGUUUUAACAAACCAUGCAUUUAAGUUCAAGUGAAGUCAACAAAAAAAGAAAAUAGGUGUAUGGAUAUGUGAUUUUGAAAUUAAAGUUAGUCAUAAAAUGUAAAUAAAAUGUGGAAAGUGUCCUCGGAGACUGUGCCAUUUCUAUUAUGUUGAUACAAUUUGUGUACAGUACCUUGCCAAGGUAGCACACAAAUUGGAAUUACUGUAGUUUUUCAUCUGUAAGCACCUUUUAGUAUAAUUCUGCUUUGUAUACUUGUGAAUUGGAAUUUGCAGAGUAUUUCACAGAACAAAUUACCUGAUUUGUUUAACUGCCUUGGACAAGGAAGAAUCCCAGAUGUUACAUUUUAAAUUUGAUCUCACCAGAAAUAAUAUUAAAAUGAUUUUUGAAUUUAAUAAUUCUUAACAGAAUUAUAGAUUGCAAAUUAUUCACAGAUACAUGCUGUUUUACUUUGUAACAUCUUUUGUCUUUAUUUUUUCCCUGAAAAAUUUUGGUUAAUAGAUUGAACAAAUUGGAGACAUUUCCUUCUCCAGUUAAUGCUUUUAACGCUGAUGAGGACUAGUUUUAUCCACCCACAUUCCAUUAUAACAAACAUGUAAACUCUGAAGUUGAAAAUCCAUUUAUGUUCUCUUCAGUGACCUGAGGCUUUAGGUCACUGUUCACUUCAAAGCACUGAGUGUACUGCUUUGUUGAAAAUGCUGUUUUCUUAUGUAUUCAUUGAAGAAAAGAAAAGUGGUCAGGUAAACUCACCUUUCAUUUUGGUUGGCUUAAUAAUUUUACUCAACCUUCUCCCCAGUCUACAUAGGCAAACCAGAAUUAUGAAUGUCAAAAGUCAAAUUAGAUAUUUAAUCAACCUGGACAUAUAUUAAAAUAUUUUCUUACUUUUAUAGUACAACAAAGACAAAUUUCUCAUGCACGCCCUACGUGUCUGUGUUAUGCUCAUUCACA